AGCGUAUCUUGCGUGACAAAACUGAAGGAAAAGUUCGAGGACAUCCAGAUUUACAGCGGAUUAAACCGUUUUAUAACUAUUACAUAGCUGCUAUAAUGUGUAUGUCUUGUCUUUGUAUGAUGUGAGCUGUAAUAUCUUUUUUCUGCUCUUGUUAUGUCUGUUUGGUGGUUUACACAACGAUAUAUCAACCACCUAAUGACAAGCAAUCCUUUAUUUUCGCGGUUUACGAGGAACACGUGAAAGCACCGACUAUUCCCACCCUGUUUGUAGCAGUGAACCUGCUGACACACCCAUCACACAGGACAGCUGCAUGUUGACGAGCUCCUGCCACCUGUGGCAGCACUCGUAUUCCCUCUACGCCACGGAGAGAGAACAAUAAAAGGGGGAACUGAGAGAGGUCGGAGAGGAGGAGGAGGAGGAGGAGGAUAUCUUUCAUGAUAAGUGGACUUCUGACAGAGAGCGAUCCCUGCUGCACACCCAGCUUACACAAAUGAGAGAAUCCUAAAACCAGCACCAUGCCUGGACUCAUUAACAAGGAGAACCGGUGCGCUCUGCCCCUCAGCGUCUCUGACAUCACUUCCUGUGUCAGGGGUUACACUCUGGCCAUGACAGCCUCUAUGACCUAUGAAAAUAUUGAGGAUCAUGCCAUUGAGGGGAUCUUCAUCUAUCCGCUGGAGGAAAACUCCAUCGUCGCGGGGUUUGAGUCCAUGAUAUCCAGUCAGAUCAUAACACUGCAAAUCAAAGACAAGGCAAAGAUUGAAGACUGUUAUCUGGAUUGCUACAGCACGUCUAACGGGGCCCUCCAGAGUGGCAGCGGACACAUAGUGCUGGACGAGGACCUGGAGAGGACGGUGUUGGUGGUUAACCUCGGGGUUAUCCCUCCUAUGGAGACGGUCCAUGUUCUGGUCAGCACCUCCUCUGAGCUCUCCACCCUUCCCAGCGGAGGCAUCCGGGUCUCUUCUCCACCGGUGUGUACGCCUCGGGUACAGAGGACCAUCAACGAGGAGCAGGGACUCUCCCCGAACUUCUCCAGGACGCGGGACAGACACACGGGUGCCUCGAGUCCUCAUGAUCAAACUCCCAGCUCCCCUCAGCUGUGGCUGGCUUCACUGCUACAGGAGGAGGUUAUCAACUCCAUGGACUACGAGUUUAACUUCCAGCUGGAGAUUCGGGCUCCCUAUCUCCUCGCAGGUGUGGAGAGCCCGUCUCACGCCAUCCGAGCCGACGCGGACCCUCUGGCCCGCUCUGCCACCAGUGUCGUCAUCACUCUGGCCGACAAGUACACUUAUGACUGUCCUGUUGAAAUCCUCAUCUACCCCAGCGAGCCUCAUCUGCCGCAUGUGCUCAUCGAGAACGGAGACAUGACGCUGGAGGAGUACGAUGAGUAUCUUCACGGCCGGAGCGAUUUCAUCAAGGCCACCAAGAAGGACUCCAGCAACGAGAGGAAAGUAGAUAUCAUUCACAGGCGGCUCCAUAAGGACAUCCUCCACAAUCCUGUGGUCAUGUUGAACUUCUGCCCUGACCUCAAGUCCAUCAGCUCUGACCUGAGGAAGGUUCACGGCGAGUUUAUCUUCCUCAUUGACCGCAGCGGCAGCAUGAGUGGCGUUAACAUCAACCGUGUGAAGGACGCCAUGGUGGUGAUUCUCAAGAGUCUGGUGCCCGGCUGCCUUUUUAACAUCAUAGGCUUUGGCUCUACAUUCAAAUCGCUGUUCACAAGCAGCCAGAACUAUGACGAGGAUGCCCUGGCUCUGGCUUGUGAGUAUAUUAGAAAGAUCAGAGCUGACAUGGGAGGCACCAACAUCCUGGAUCCGCUCAACUGGAUCCUGAGGCAGCCGAUGUUCAGCGGACACCCCCGGCUGCUCUUCUUGCUCACCGACGGGGCCGUCAGCAACACGGGCAAAGUUAUCGAGCUGGUCCGCAGCCAUGCGCGUCACAUCAGAUGUUUCACGUUCGGCAUUGGACAGACUGCUUGCAGGAGGCUGGUGCAGGGUCUGGCGACAGUUUCCAGAGGAACAGCGGAGUUCCUGACCGAUGGCGAGAGGCUGCAGCCCAAGAUGAUAAAGUCCCUGAAGAAAACCAUGUCUCCGGUACUCAGUGACAUUUCUAUCGAAUGGCUGUUUCCUGAGACUAAAGAAGUCCUGCUGUCUCCUGUGGGCAACACCUUCCUGUUUCCAGGGGAUAGUCUGAUUGGCUACAGCGUGGUUUGCGACACCACCCGCUACCACGCCAACCCCAAAUCUGAUAAAAGGAGGCGAUACAGCAUGAUGCGCUCCGUUGAGUCCGCCAGCUCUGUGUUUUACCACUCCCAAGAAGAGGACCUGGUGAGGACAGGUGUGGACCCACUGUCUGGACUGCUGUAUGACUCCUACCAGGACUCCACGACAGACAGCAGCCCCGCCACCACAGAGCAAGACGCCAUGGGGUUUGAUUCGAAGACAUCUCCGAGACGGCGAGCGUACAGCACCAACCAGAUAACAGACUACAACCCGGCGAAGAAAGUGUACACUCCCAGUGAUCCCAGCUCUGUGGCGGCAAAGAAUCCACUGAGGAGAGCCAAAGUCCAGGAGCUGAUCGGCCAGAUGAGCCCCGAGCACGAGACGCAGUGGAGGAACGACUACCAGCCACAGCUGGCAAGCCUGUGUGCCACAUCUUCCAGAGGGCGCUCUGCCAGCUGUCACCGUCCGCUCCCUCAGCAGGAGCCGAUUCUGCCGCAGGAAGCCGACCCGGAGCUUCAUUUCCACCCUCAGCCGGAGGACAAUCCUCAGCUCGGCAGCAGCGGCACGCCGCCAGCAUCUCGCAACGCCGCUGGGGACGGUGGAUCCAAAUCAUCCACUGACAGCCCAUCUGUAGGCAGCGUCGGAGAUACAGACGGAUACGGACACCAGUUGUGUCAAGCAGAAACCCCGCAGGAGACCCAGAGUCCAGAUCUGGAUACAGCCAACCAGCACAGAGGUGACUGCAAGGCCGUGGUGUCCGGGCUGCUGUGUGGGAAACCAGCAAAGUGGGAGGUCGUAUUUGAUAUCCAGCCCUUCCUGAACGGCCGGGAACGCGAGGAAAAGGUCCACGAGGAGCUGUGGAACGAGACCUUCCACCACCUGGCCGGACGCUCCAUCAUACACGACUUCGAGCACAUGGCGGAUAAGGAGUGCGAGAUCGAGCACGGCUCUGGGAGGAAGUAUCAGCUCUACGCUAUUCACACCAGCAAGGCCUGCAAUAUACUGAGCAAAUACACAGCGUUUAUCCCCAUCGACCUGGACACUAAUGAGUAUUUGCAGACAUGUAUUGAAUACAUAAACCCCAGUGAAGGUCUGAAGAGGAGCUCUCACUCCAGCUCUCGCUCGGGGAGCAGGAAGAACAGAGGGUACUCCAUCGGACUUGGCCGCUCUCAGUCUGGCGGCAUGUCCGAGGAAGCUGAAGAGGUCCUUCUGCCCAACAAUGCGGAGGAUGGCGUCUCUCCAUGCAGCACCCCCUCCUCCUCCGGCUGGGAGAGAUGUAGCUUCACAGAGGGUAAGAGCAUCACAUCAACCGUCUCCCAAAGGAGUCCGUCUGUGACCUCUGACCAAUCACAGAAAUCAGUGGAGAGCCUGUUUUCUGCCAGGUUGGCCCUCAGCAGGACACGUCUCCUGACUCGAGCUGCCAAAGGAUUUAUGUGUCGAUCUCACAGCAAGUCUGGUGAUUCAAUUGGAGAGAGCGACAACGAGAACAAAGACUAUAUUCCUCUGGUGUUGUUGCAGUUGGCGAGUGGUGCAUUUCCCCUAGACACAGCUCUGUGUGAAGCCAUUAAUGUGCCCAUGGACAAGCUAAAGUGGACGUCCCCCUUCAACAGCCACCGCAGCAGCCUGGGCCACCUGUCUCACUCCAGCAGCCGCCGUGCUGAGGGCGCCGAUGACGGACACAGAUCCCAAUACGAGCCGGAAACAUAUCAUCAACCUGCAGAGCACAGUGGAGGCCCUUCUUAUCUGAGUGCCGGGAUGGUGGAUGCUGGUCCUUCCUCAUUAGUCAGUCCGUCCACCCAUGCUGAUCUGCAGCUCUCCCCCCACUCCCAGGCGGACAGUGGACGGGGUUCUGGUUCAGGGGGCUUGGAAACUGCAUCGCCCAGCCCCCUAAAGAGGAUGCUGGAUCCAGAGAGCAUGGUGUGGGCCACUGCUGUAGCCCUCGCCUGGCUGGAGCACAGCUCCGCCAGUUACUUCAUUGAAUGGGAAAUGGUAGCCGCCAAAGCCAGCAUGUGGUUGAGUGCGCAGGACAUCCCAGAAGGCCGUGACUUAGCCUCCAUCAAGGCUGCUGCCAACCAGCUCUUCAUCAUCCUCAGACACUGGGAUGAAAACCUGCAACUGAACAUGCUCUGUUACAACCCGAACAGUGUCUGAAGCCUGCUGGUCCAAGACUGAACACACAGACCGCUGCAACGAUUCAAAUCCAUAUGAUACUAUGCUAACCGAGGCUGUGCUCUUCUCUGUUCAGCAGUAUGUGCUCUGGAGUCUGAUAUUGCUGUUGCAGUUGUGAACAAUGUGUAUUUUCUUCUGUCCGUGUGCUGUUCCCUCAAACAUAUCAGGCUCCUCAGAGGCACUUUGUGCAAGCUCUUACCUCGCUGGUGCCAUAUACCGUAGCCAGAUUAAAGCGGGACCUAUUCUGAGUUAUGCCACAGAUUUUAGUUUAUGGGGAAGAAAGUCAGUGUUAAAUUAGUAGCAUGCUGGAUUACUGUCAUCAACAUCUGAGAAAAGCUCUUAUUGCCAUCAUAUUGAUGUUACGGGAAGAAUGCUGCAAAACAUCAAGAGAAUACUGUUCCUUUGUUCCACAGACUGUUUUUACAUCUCUACAGCAUUUCCUGAAAUGUUUGUAUCGUGGAAAAAUGUUACAUGAAGACACGUGCGUACGUGGAAGCUGUCUUUUCUAAUGCCUGCUACCAUUAUAGUGUUUGCCAUUUUUGCUUUUUGAUAACAGCAGAGACAGAAAAAUAUGCAAAACGCUAAAGAAAAUAGAAAAUAUCUGUCGACAUUUGAUUAAAAAAUACGUGGCUUCGGUGGGAAUCUAUAAAUGUGUAUCCCACUAGCAUGUUAUAUUAUUUAAUUGAAACAUACAGUUUAUAUGUUUUCACUUAUCUGAGUAUACCUGUCUGAGAGUUAUUGAUCAUGCAUUACAUUCAGAGGGAGUAGCAGACCUGGAAUCUGUUGCACCAUCUGUGCCGUUUGCAAGCUCAAUGUCAGCCUAAUUGUAAGCUAAGUAUGUCGGGGUUGCACCAUGGAAACUAUUUCUUACAGAGUUGAAGAAGAAGAAGAACAAUCUUUGUAUCAACAUGUCCCCCCAACAAAUUUAGUAUUUUUAAGACACGUAAACACUUUUUGAAUUCAAUCAUGGCAUAUUUAAUGACGUGCUUUAUGUUGUAGAACAAAACCAUAAGUCUUUUAAGCUUUUGUUAACCUUGUUUCAGGAAUUUAACCAAAAACUCAUUACCUUCGAAACGAGAGAACUGGAAGUACAACAACUAAUUUCUAGGUUUCAGGACUUGGCACUCUUCAGUGGCUUCCUGUUUGCACAAUUUGCGGAUUGAAGGGAAUUUAAAGCUGUUAUUGUUAAAAUCCCUGUUCGAAACAUCUGCUCCCUUCACAUGGUUGUUGGUUGGCUAACACAAGCUAGCAAACGUUACCUUGCAAAUGUUAACGCUGCUAAUGCUAGCUAGCAUGUGUACAUUGGCAACAAUAGCUAAUGGUAACACUGUUAACAUUAGUAAGAUUAACGUUAAUGUUGCUAAUGCUAGCUAGCUAACUGAAGCUGGUGAACGUUUAGGUAGUUUUUCUUUUACGACUGCAGCAAAGUCGGGAACACAGUUGCGAGCACCACAUGACACCAUCGGUGUUAUAUGAUUGGCUCACAGAUGUUGUUAGAAGCUGGAACCAACUGUGAAAAAAAACAAAUAAACAAUAUAUUUUUUAAAAUGAUUAAUUCACAACCGUAAUAAUGUUUUUAAAGAGAAAAGACACUUUUAUUCUGCACCUUUCUCGAAUCCCGAUAGAUGAAAUAUUUUAUAAAAAUUAUGCUCAAUAUAACCGGAGAUGAAUUAAAUGAAUGAGUUUAAACACAAUCUUUGGAAUGGAUCUAGUCACAGCUGGUGCAACUCAUUCCUAAAGACUUAUGGGCAGCGAUCAACAGUCCUAAUCAAAGAAGAGAGAGCCCUGCUCGUUCAGUCAUGCUCAUUGUUCAUUUACCGCAAGUGCCUAACCAAAGUUUAAAGUCAGCGGAAAAUGUAGAUCUGUUCACUGCAGUUUAAUCAGUGUGGGUAAUGAUUGUUACGUUUUUUGUUUUUUUUUCAAAUAUAUAGUAUGUUCCCCAAUCUUUUAUUUUUUCUUGAUUCUGUAUUUGGCCUUUGUAGACAUCCUAACAGUUCAGUAUUUAUCUUCCUCAUUCUCCCAUCACAGUUGUUGCUUUACUCAGGUAUUAAUUAAUUUUUUCACUCAGGCUGAGUUGCAUGAAUCCUUCUGCAUGAACACGUGUUUAUGUUUAUGAUGUUAAAUGGCUGAAUUGCCACAUCGGAGCCAGUAGCACACUACUUUGCUCUCUGAAAUGAGAAAAACAGUAGAUGUCAUAUAGUGCUGUAAUUGCAGUCGUAGGUGCAGCUGUAAUUGUUGUAUAUUUAUGUACUGGGUCAGCUGUAUAGUGCAGUAUCUUUCAACUUGCUGUGUGUGCCUUUACAAUGGUUGUUGACUGUUUGAGGCUGUUGAAGAGUCUGUAGUGUCUUUAUAACUGUUGAUGCUAUGAUCUGCUCUGCAGGUGCAUGUAAUAAAAUAACUACAACCAAAGGUUUAGGUUCUUUAGCGAUUAUUGCUCCACUCCUACCGACAAGUUGUACCUCAAGGAUCGAUGCUUGGACCUUCUUCAUUGGUGCGAUUAUCAACUCAUGUUAUCAACUUAUUUUUUUCUUUCAUUGUUGCUACGCUGAUGAUAACCAGCUUUACGGAUGCUUCCACCUUCAGCUCAAUCUCUCCAAAGGUCUGGUCCCACCAGCUUUUCAGACUUCACCAUUUUGAUGGAAAGUCGAUGGAACUUCUGCGAUCAAGUGCAACUGUUUGCACCAAAUCCUAAAUUGUA